AUGGCGAACAUCACAUCAGCCGUCUCGCAGGAUGAUCUGGAGAUUCCGCUCAUCGACUUCUCCGUGUUCCUCUCAGGCGACGCAGAUGCGAAGAAGCAAACCGCCGACGCCGUCCUCGAAGGCUUCCAGAACGCUGGCUUCAUCUACCUCAAGAACCACGGCAUAUCCCCCUCGGCCGUAUCCACAGUAUUCUCGCACUCCGCCAAGUUCUUCGCGCGGCCAAAAGAGCAAAAAGACAAAUUGGCAUGGUACUCAGCUGCCGCCAACCGCGGCUAUGUCACACAAGGGCGGGAGAAGCUGGUAGUGUUGGAAGAGACAGGCACAGAAGCGGAGAUGCGCGCCUUGGUGCCAGAUCUGAAGGAGAGCAUGGAGAUCGGACGCGACGACCAGCCUGAGAUGCCGAACAUGUGGCCGAGUGGAGACGACGACGCGACGCAGUUCAAGGAGCAGAUGAUGGGCUUCUUCGAGACGUGCAAGGACCUUCACAUGCAGGUCAUGCGCGCUAUUGCGCUGGGCAUGGGCAUCGAUGAGAAGUGGUUCGACGGCUUCACGGAUGCGGGCGAUAAUACGCUGAGGCUGCUGCACUACCCGGGCGUGUCGAAGAGCAUUUUCAAGAGGAACGAUGGGCAGGAGCAGGUGCGCGCUGGAGAGCACAGCGACUACGGCUCUAUAACCCUCCUCUUCCAAGACGCCCGCGGCGGUCUCCAGGUCCGCUCCCCCAAGGGCACUUUCGUCAACGCUACCCCCAUCGCAGACACCAUUGUCGUCAACGCUGGCGACUUACUAGCACGCUGGUCGAACGACACCAUCAAGUCAACAAAGCAUCGCGUCAUGGAGCCACCGCCAAAGCCGGAGGAUGCUGACAAGGACGAAUACCCACCGCGAUACUCGAUAGCCUACUUCUGCAACCCGAACUACGACCGCAAGAUCGAGGCCAUACCAGGCACAUACGAGAAGGGCAGGAAUUACGAGGAUGUUAUGAGUGGGGAUUAUAUCAUUGGGCGGUUAACGGCGACGUAUUGA